CAAAUCUCCCGUAAAUACCACAGCGAAGCCAACAAGCAAAACCACUUUAGAAUUUAGAAUCCCCACUGAGCACCCACCCACUGUGCAGUCUGUGCGUGCGUACAGCUCAAUCAGACUCCUCAUUUCUCAGUUGUAUCUCAACUCCAUAACACAAGUAGUUUGCUGCUUAUAUGCUGCUCACUUCACUUUUUUUCCAACUGCAUUCUUUCGAAAUGUGGAAGCUUUGGUUUAUCUGCACCUUAAUUUCGCUUCUCUGCCUAAGCUCUUCCGUGGCUAAAGUUGCCGCUCAAGGAUUAAAGACCCGACAUAGUAAAUGGCUAACACUUAGCGGUAAGCCACCUUUGGUCAUAGCAAGAGGUGGGUUUUCAGGGGUUUUUCCGGAUUCCAGUUCUUAUGCAUAUCAGCUGGCGGUGGAGACUGGCUUGCCCAAUUUACACGUAUGGUGCGACUUGCAGCUUACCAAAGACGGACGUGGAAUCUGCCUUCCAGAUGUCAGGCUCGAAAAUGCUUCCGACAUUGACAGUGUUUACAGUGAUAGGCGCAACACGUAUUCUGUGGAUGGAGUCCCGCUUGAAGGAUGGUUUUCCAUGGAUUUCACCUUAAACGACCUGCAACCUGUCAAUCUGAAGCAGAGGAUAUAUUCCCGAGCCCCGAAUUUCGAUGGUACUCCAAUGCAAAUUCUUACGCCCAAUGAUGUUAUCAGUCUGGCAAAACCGCAAGGAUUAUGGUUAAGUGUUCCGCAUGAUGCAUUUUUUAGCCAACAUAAUCUGAGCAUGAGGAGCUACAUUGUUUCGGUAUCUAAACGCAUGGUAGUCAAUUAUAUUUCAUCACCUGAGGUGGGUUUCCUGAGAAGCAUCACGUCACGCUUCAGAACAAGCCCAACAAAGCUUAUAUUUCAAUUUUUGGGGCCUGAUGAUAUAGAGCCUACGACCAACCAAACAUAUAGCUUACUUAUAAUGAAUCUCAAACUUAUCAAAGAAUUUGCCACAGGAAUUCUUGUUCCAAAGAAUUACAUAUAUCCUGUAGACAACAGCCUCUAUUUACAGAAUUACUCGUCUCUUGUACUGGAUGCUCAUAAAGCUGGCUUGGAAGUUUUUGCAUCCAAUUUCAUGAAUGAUGCACCUUUACCGUAUGAUUACAGCUAUGAUCCCGUGUCCGAGUAUCUAUCCUUUGUUGACAACGGCCAAUUUUCUGUUGAUGGUGUGCUGUCCGACUUUCCAAUAACUCCAUCUGCAGCCAUAGAUUGCUUCUCACACAUGGGCAAAAAUAAGACAGUGCAAGCGGAACUUUUGAUUAUAUCUUCUGAGGGAGCUAGUGGAGAUUAUCCUGGUUGCACUGACAAGGCAUACGCUAAAGCUGUAUCUGAUGGUGUUGAUAUACUUGACUGUCCUGUUCAAAUGACAAAUGACGGGGUACCAUUUUGCUUGGGGUCAAUUAACCUCAGGGAUAAAACAAAUGCUGCUGAAUCAAAUUUCAGUAACAUGGCAACAACCAAUUCUGACCUAAACAUAAGGGACGGAAUUUUCGCAUACAAUCUCUCUUGGAGCCAAAUUCAGAUGCUAAAGCCUUGGGGGCACAUAUCUCAUUUUGAGCUUAGACAUGUUAAUUUACUUUCGGCCGAAAUUUCCGUGCAUCCUGUUAUCACAAGAUCUUCAGCAGGCAUUGACUGCAUAGAGGUGGACAACGCUGCUAUUUCUAAUCCAUUUUCGAAGUUUACACUCUUUCGAAAUCCAAGAGCCAGAAAUGACGGAAACCUAAUGCACCUAUCUGAUUUUUUGGAAUUCUCAAAAAACACAUCUUCUGUCUCUGGAGUGUUGAUAAGUAUAGAGAAUGCUGCCUACCUAGCUGAAAAACAGGGAUUAGAUGUAACGAGAGCGGUUUUGGAUGCAUUAGCGAAGGCUGGUUAUAAUAAUCAGACAGCCAAGAAGGUCAUGAUUAAAUCAAGUGAUAGUGCGGUGCUCUCGAAGUUUAAGUAUAGCGGCAAAUAUGAACUCGUUUACCUAGUUGAUGAGGAUGUCCGUGACAUCUUGAACUCAACUAUCUUGGAGAUAAAAAGAAUCGCAAACUCUGUGGUCAUCUCUAAAAAAUCUGUCUUUCCUUCUGAUCACCUCUUUCUCACUGGUGAAACAACAAUUGUUCCUAAGCUGCAGGCCUUCAAGCUCCCAGUCUACGUACAAUACUUUCGGAAUGAGUUUGUAUCUCAACCUUGGGACUUCUUCUCAGACCCAUAUGUGGAGAUUAACACCCAUGUCUUUUAUAUGGGAAUUAAUGGUGUCAUUACAGACUACCCUGGUACAGCUUCUAAGUUCAGAAGGAACCGUUGUCUAGGAUAUGAAAGUCCACCACCAUACAUGUCUCCUGUUCAGCCAGGGGGUCUUAUUCCCCUUAUGGCAACCACAUUCUUGCCUCCAGCUCAGCCUCCGAACCCUAUUCUGACAGAAAACGAUGUGGUCGAGCCUCCUCUGCCACCUGUCGUGCAGAGGCCUCCCACUGGUGGAAAUCUCAGUGGCUCGGUUGCGCCUGGUCCAGUUCGCCCAGCCAACGGGCAGCCUGCAAUCAUUAGAAGCUCGAAGCUUGGUGUUUUUCUUGCUGUCCUUGUUUCUAUUCUCUGCCUAUCAGGUUAAAAGCCUAAUUUUUUUAUCAUGAUAUGACCGGUUCGGCCGUAUUUUGGCCCGGGCUCAGUUGGAUCAAUUAAUUAAAUUAGCUUGAGAAUUUGGUUAUGAUUUCUAUAGAAUAUUUCGGUAUAUAUGGAUGAUAUCUAAUUUUAUUUGAAUAUUCUUAGAUUCUAAAGAAGUAUAUGGAAACCUUGCCUUGUUUUGGUGGCAAGUUAUUAAUAUCUUAUAAAUAAGGGUUUAAGGUUCACUUUCAAACACAACUUGCAAUUUCUACAAAUUACAUGAUAUAUUCGGUGAUUUUAUGACUGACUUGAGCGUACCAUACCAGUGGCGGCUAUGUCAGGGGCCUCUCCCGGCGCUUGUAGGUCUUUUUGGUUCGUGGUUUUCUAGGCAUUCGAAGCGCAACAGUUAGUUUGAAAACUCGAUGGGCCGGUAUUCUAGGCACAUCAAUAUUGGUGUUGUCUGUAGGAAAAUUGAGUUGACAAAGCGAUGAUCGAAGAUCAAUUGAGGAUGAAUUAAAAUGUGGUUAAGAAUAAC